GGCAGGGGGCGCGCCGCUGCAGCAACAUUUUGUGUGCGUGUCGCUGCCGUUGUUUCAUCUCCCUCCCGCGCGCUCGCUCCCUCGCCCGCCUGCCUCUCGUUGUCUUGCUCGCUAUGAAGACCAAGUUCUGUAACGGCGGCGAAGCCGACCCUUCCCCGCUGGGGCUCCUGCUGGGGUGCGCCCAGGGCCCGGUUUUGCCCGCCCUCACCCAGUCGCCCUCGUCUCUGCCGUCGCCACCCUCUAACGCCGAGGUCGAAGCGAAGGAGCUGGGGCUCCGGGGACAGCAGCAGCAGCAGCAGCACCAGCCUCUCUCUCUGCCGCCCACCCCGCCGACCCCUCCCUCCCCGCCGGUUGAGGAGCAGCCCGACCCCCGCACCCGCCGCAAGGCGUAUCUGUGGUGCAAGGAGUUCUUGCGGGGGGCGUGGCGGGGGCUGCGGGAGGAUCAGCUGCGCAUCACGCCCAUCAGAGGUGGCCUCAGUAACAUGUUGUUCCAGUGCUCAUUACCUGAUACCAUAGAGACUGUGGCAGAUGAACCACGCACUGUCCUUCUUCGUUUAUAUGGUGCAAUUCUACAAAUGAGGUCCUGUAAUAAAGGAGGAUCUGGACAGGCUCAAAAGGAAAAUGAUUUACAAGGUGCAGAAGCUGUGGUUCUGGAGAGUGUUAUGUUUGCCAUUCUUGCUGAGAGAGCUCUUGGACCAAAGCUCUAUGGAAUCUUUCCACAAGGCCGGCUGGAGGAAUUCAUUCCUAGCAGGAAGCUGGACACUGAAGAACUAGGUUUGCCUGAUAUAUCAGCAGAAAUAGCUGAGAAAAUGGCUAGAUUUCAUGGAAUGAAAAUGCCAUUUAAUAAAGAACCUAAGUGGCUCUUUGGAACCAUGGAAAAGUACCUAAACCAAGUGAUGAGAAUCAAGUUUACUAGGGAAUCGCGUGUUAGAAAACUGAACAAGAUCCUCAGUUACAAUCUGCCCCAAGAAAUGAAAAGUCUACGGUCCUUACUUGAAGCUACUUCAUCUCCAGUUGUGUUUUGCCAUAAUGACUGCCAAGAAGGAAAUAUUUUGCUUCUUGAAGGCAGAGAAGAUUCUGAGAAGCAAAAACUGAUGCUUAUUGACUUUGAAUACAGCAGCUACAAUUAUAGAGGGUUUGACAUUGGAAAUCACUUCUGUGAAUGGAUGUAUGACUAUGUGUAUGAAAAAUACCCAUUCUUCAAAGUGAACUUCCAGAACUACCCUUCAAAGAAGCAACAGCUCCAUUUCAUCUCCAGUUAUCUAGCUGCAUCUCAAAGUGGGUUUGAAAAUCUGAGCAAUGAAGAUAAGUCCAAAAUAGAAGAAGAAAUGUUGGUUGAAGUAAAUAGGUUUGCUCUUGCGUCUCAUUUCUUCUGGGGUCUGUGGUCCAUUAUACAGGCAAAGAUAUCAUCUAUUGAGUUUGGAUACAUGGACUAUGCACUCUCAAGAUUUGAUGCCUACUUUGACCAGAAGAGGAAACUCAAAGUCUGAAGGUUGAAGACUGGACAAUCAGUUCCUGUACUGUAUAAGGAAGGCAGCUGGGCAGAAAUUCCACUGUGCUUAGGCUACUGUAGUUGUAAUGAAGGUUUUGCAAAUUCCAACUACUCGGAUGCAAUGCUGAAGACUGCACAAAAUGACUAAGUUUACUUUUUUUUUUACAGUUUCAUAAGUCUUUGGAAUGAGAAUUGACAGCUAAGUAUACUAUAACAGUGCAAUAUCAAGCUUUUUUAAUCUAGAAGGUAUUAUGAGGGAACCUUUGAGUUUUAAUGUGAACCAUCCCAUACGUCAAGAGCAAACAGUGUUAAUUGUGGGUAUCUGUUCUCUUUUUUUUUUAACAAAGGUAUUUUAUUGAAUUCUCUCAAUGCAUCAUCAUACAUGCUAUCAGUUAAUGGGGGAACCCAAGUUCUUUUUAGGGAAAGCAUUAUACUGUGAAUCGUUGCUAAAGCUGUUUGAGUAGUGGUUGUUCUCAUGGGGCAUGACAAGCCAUUCUUCUCCAGAAAACUACUGGUAAUCUAACACUAAAAAACAAAGGAGCUCAUGUAGUGUGGCUUCUCUUUCCAUGCAGACUAAAGUAGUUUUCACAUUCUGGUAUCUCGGUAGAACAAGGUAAUACAGAUGCAUCGCAAACUGGAACAUGCAAGAGCUGCCAUCUCUUGUUAGCUCAUUCCACAUCUUAGGCCAAGGGUGUGCAUUGACUGCCCAGCAACAGUCCUACAGUUUUGCAUUGUUCUUGUCCAGGACAUUCCCUGGGCUGACAGCACUGGGAUGAGUGCCUUGAAUUCCUCUAGCUUGCCCCUCUCUGGCUUAAAGGAGGGAAGAGUGGCAAAUGAAAUGGGGAGCAAGUGAGGAAUGUUUGACCAAUUGUGGCAUGUGGGUGCCUUGUAAGGGGCACACUGCUCCUUGUUUAAAACCCUGUUGCUUAUUCCACCAGAUGUGGAUGUUUCUCGUGCAGACAAUACAUUGAAAUAUGUAUAUGUGAACUCUCCAAUAAGUGUAUAUGUUAUCCUGAGAGCUUCUAGAAAACAUCUUUAACCAUCCUUAUUUGACUUGUGCUUUUUGCUUAACAUGUAUUGUACAAAUAAAUUUUUUAAAGUCUUUA